AUGAUGCAGAGGAAGACAGCCUUGAUCACUGGCUGUAGCGAGGGAGGUCUUGGAGAAGCCCUGGCGAAAGCCUUCGUCGACAGGGGGUUUUACGUUUUUGCGACGCUCCGUAACACAGCCAAAGCCGGUGUACUGGCACAACUCGAAAACGUCGCGAUCAUUGAGCUGGAGGCCACGUCCGCCGAAUCCGCUCAAACGGCAGCGAAAAUUGUCUCCAAGCAAACGAACGGAGCUCUGGACGUCCUGGUGAACAACGCUGGUGCCGACUUUGUUAUCCCUCUACUGGACGUCAACCUCGAUGAUGCCAAAAAGCUGUACGACCUCAAUGUCUGGAGCAUACUGGCAAUGUCCCAAGCCUUUGCACCUCUGCUUAUCAAAGCCACGGGUAGUAUUUGCAACAUUUGUUCCACAGCUGCGUGUAUGCCAUUUGCCUAUGCAGGUAUAUAUAGCAGCUCCAAGAUCGCAGCCGAGCGUCUCUCCGAUACUCUGCGGAUUGAACUGGCACCCCUGGGCGUCAAGGUAAUUACGGGUAUGAUCGGAGCCGUCCAGACCCCAAUUCACAACAAUGCGGGCGAGCUCCAAUUACCCGAGGACUCGUACUACCAAUCAGUCAAAGGCAUCAUCAGCGCACAGCGACAGGGAGAGCAUAAGCCUGGUUCGCAGCAUCGGGACGCGGUGGCCAUGUCCAUCGUCGAUGAUAUAGUGAGCGGCAAGUCUGGCAACAUUUGGCGUGGGGGUCUAGCUUCAGUUGUUCGGUUUCUUGCUGCUUUCAUGCCUGCAGUUCUAGAACACAUUGUAAAUCAGAACAAGGGUCUGAGGAUCCUAAAAAAGACGCAUACUGCCUGA